GUAAAUAUAUGUAAAUUUAAAUAGAACUGUAGAUAUACUCGUUGUAAACAAAGUUAUUGUAUACAUCCUGGAAAUGUGAAUAGAAGUCGCUUUAUCUUCUAAAGGUUAUUCGAUAUAAGUGAUUAUUGUGAUAAUCAGAUAAAUUAUUUAAUGUAAAUUUUCUAUCGAAAACAUAAGUGGGUGUAAAUGGUUCUCUAGAAAUGGAAAUUGUGUACGAAUGGAAAUUAGUUAUUGGAUUUGUAAUACUUCUUUCAAUUCUUUAUAUAUGGAAGAAAAAGAGCAGAAAUAAACAGGGAGACGGAAUACCGCAAUUCUCCACUUGGGCCUAUAUUUGGAAUCUGAUUUUCUGUCCAGUAAAAGCUCAGGAAUUUCAAAAGCUUUGUGGCACUUUAAUUAUUCAAAUACUUAAUGGUGCAUCUAUUGCAACGUUAAAAAAGAAAUUAUACAAAAUUUCCUGGGGUGGCUAUCAUUAUAUUGCAUUAUCUCAUCCCGAAGUGGCUCAGGAAGUACUGAAGAGUUACACCGUGAUCAACAAAGAUUGGAUUUAUAAUAUUCUUCAUCCAUGGCUGGGAACGGGUCUUUUAACAAGUUCGAACGAUAAGUGGAGAAAUCGUAGAAAAUUAUUAACUCCGGCAUUUCAUUUUCGAAUUCUCGAAGAUUUUCAAGGAAUUUUCAACGAUCAGUCAAACAUCUUAAUUGAAAAGUUAAAGGAAAAACAGGAAAAUAAAGAAUUUCUUAUGGAUGAGUUGAUUACGCUUUGCACUUUGGAUGUUAUUGAAGAUUCAGCCAUGGGAAUGCAUAUUAACGCUCAAAAUCGAUCUGAUACUGAUUAUAUCAUUGCCAUUAAUGAAAUAACAUCUGCACUUGCUGAAUGGUUUGCAAAGCCUUGGUAUUGGUUCAGUCCCAUUUUCAACUUGAGUCCAUUAGGAAGAAAAUUUCACAAAGACAUUGAAACCGUUCACGAAUUCGACAGAAAGGUAAUCAGAGAAAAGAAACAGAAAAUGAUCGAAGAACUGGAAGACAAUCAAACAAUCGACAACUUUCAAGAAGAGAAAGAAGUUACAGGAGUCAAGAAAAAGCGAGCAUUUCUUGAUUUACUACUUUAUCAUCAUUUAACGGAUGGAAGUCUCAGCGAAGAGGAUAUCAGAGAAGAAGUCGACACUUUCAUGUUCGAAGGACACGACACAACUGCUAUGGGAAUUAGUUGGUCUCUUUAUCUGCUGGGAUUGCAUUCCGAUAUACAAGAGAAAGUGUACCAGGAACUGCAGGAAAUUUUUGGUGAAGACAUGGAUAAAUCUAUUACGACCGAUGAGCUUAAAAGAAUGAAGUAUCUGGAAUGUAUUAUCAAGGAAACACUCAGGCUCUAUCCUCCGGUUUCAGUCAUAUUGAGAAAAAAUCCUUCCGAUAUGAAAGUAGGUAAUUAUAUCUUGCCAGCAAAUUCGUCUCUUGCAGUAAACAUUUAUGGAAUUCAUCAUAAUCCAACGGUGUUUGAAAAUCCCGAAGUGUUCGAUCCGGAUCGAUUUCUACCAGAAAACUGCGAGAAACGUCAUCCCUUUGCAUUUAUACCAUUCUCUGCCGGUCCACGCAAUUGCAUAGGUCAAAGAUUCGCCAUGAUGGAGAUGAAGACAGUUUUAGCCAAUGUUCUUCGACAUUUUCGAGUGAAAUCUAUGGACCACAAUUCAGCCAUGGGAAUGCAUAUUAACGCUCAAAAUCGAUCUGAUACUGAUUAUAUCAUUGCCAUUAAUGAAAUAACAUCUGCACUUGCUGAAUGGUUUGCAAAGCCUUGGUAUUGGUUCAGUCCCAUUUUCAACUUGAGUCCAUUAGGAAGAAAAUUUCACAAAGACAUUGAAACCGUUCACGAAUUCGACAGAAAGGUAAUCAGAGAAAAGAAACAGAAAAUGAUCGAAGAACUGGAAGACAAUCAAACAAUCGACAACUUUCAAGAAGAGAAAGAAGUUACAGGAGUCAAGAAAAAGCGAGCAUUUCUUGAUUUACUACUUUAUCAUCAUUUAACGGAUGGAAGUCUCAGCGAAGAGGAUAUCAGAGAAGAAGUCGACACUUUCAUGUUCGAAGGACACGACACAACUGCUAUGGGAAUUAGUUGGUCUCUUUAUCUGCUGGGAUUGCAUUCCGAUAUACAAGAGAAAGUGUACCAGGAACUGCAGGAAAUUUUUGGUGAAGACAUGGAUAAAUCUAUUACGACCGAUGAGCUUAAAAGAAUGAAGUAUCUGGAAUGUAUUAUCAAGGAAACACUCAGGCUCUAUCCUCCGGUUUCAGUCAUAUUGAGAAAAAAUCCUUCCGAUAUGAAAGUAGGUAAUUAUAUCUUGCCAGCAAAUUCGUCUCUUGCAGUAAACAUUUAUGGAAUUCAUCAUAAUCCAACGGUGUUUGAAAAUCCCGAAGUGUUCGAUCCGGAUCGAUUUCUACCAGAAAACUGCGAGAAACGUCAUCCCUUUGCAUUUAUACCAUUCUCUGCCGGUCCACGAAAUUGCAUAGGUCAAAGAUUCGCCAUGUUGGAGAUGAAGACAAUUUUAGCCAAUGUUCUUCGACAUUUUCGAGUGAAAUCUAUGGACCACAGAGAUAAGAUUUUCGAAUCUGGUGACAUCAUUCUCCGUCCGAAAUUCGGAAUAAGAAUGACCAUUAAAAAACGAUGAAAGAAAUUAAUAUAAAUUUUAAAUUAUAUAUAGCGCUAAUUUGGUUUGGUUAGUGUUAAUUUUAGGGAAAUGCUAACACUCAGAAUUAUUAUGAAAAUUGUAGUUUUUUACAUUCAUUGGCAUAUACAGAA